AUAAUAAUCCGCCAUUUUUAACUAGAAUGAUUCAAGCAAGAAAGGGAAAUUCCCGUCAUUCAUUAAGGUGGGUAGGUGGAGGAGAAAAAUUCAUUUCCUCCUUAUUUGUGAAAGAAAAUAAGUGUAAAGAGGAGAUCAUUUAAGUUGAGGGUGGGGAAGUAACAAAUUAUUGUUUUCUCUCCAAUCAUUGGCUAUCAAUCAAGCAUAAAGGCGGGGCACGCUGAUCGGGUUCUCUUUAUUUUUUCUUCUAUGACUGAAAGAAUCUGCUAAAGAGAGAAUGUUACCCCCUUUUUCCCCCCGCCUCCUAAAUAUUACAUGGUAUGGGGAAGAACGAAUGUUUUGUUUCUCAAGGACGUAUAUCCUUUUAGACCUAUUCAAAUUUUCCAUUUUGACUCCCCCUCCACCUUAACGCUUACCCCGUUUACCCUUUUCCACAGUAUUUCUUCUUACAAUAAAAAGGUUCCAGGAAAUGCCUCUUUUACUAGCCACCUGCAUGGGAAAGGAGGGGGGAGGGGAUUCAGUUGUGGUCUUUUGAAAACAAAUCUCCCUCUUUUUCCUACAUUCCAAGGGAGGAGCGUCACUAACGGUCACUCAAUGGUCUUGGUAGAUCUUCACUUCUCCUUUCUGGUGAUUUAUGGGUUCGAUGCAAAAAAGAGAAAAUGUGUCAAAAGACUUAUUUUUUUUUCUUUUUUUUAUGGAAAGGGGAUGAUGGAGAGAUGUUUGAUUAUUUUGAUUGUUAAAAAGUGUCCGGGAAAUCGACCCUUCCGGGAAAGGGACGUCCGGAUAUGGGACGUUACACUGGAUUCCAUAGGAAUUGAAAUUUUAAAAAGACUUGGUUGGCGCCCUGGUCAAGGUAUUGGUCCUCGCAGGAAAAAACAAGGAGCUAAUGCUAAAGUAUAUGGUUGUUCUCUUCCUGAGUCUGAGUCUUUAUCACCUGAUGAUGAUCCAUUUAUGUUAUCUUACACUUUUGCUCCUGAAGACACCAAUGAAGUAGUUUAUAAGCCAAAGGAUGAUUGUUUUGGCUUGGGUUACAUUGGAUUAUCUAAACAAUCUGUUUUAAGUGCAAGAUUUGAUAAAGACAAUCCUACAGCUACAAAAUCAUUUCUCAAAAAAGACAAGAGAAAAAUAGCAAUAACUGGUCAAGCUUUUGGAGUUGGAGCAUUUGAAGAUGAUGAUGAAGAUGUUUAUAGUAAAGAUGAUAUGUCGCAAUAUGAUUUUUCUGACUUCGACCCUGAAUCUGAUCAAACAUCAUCAAAAUCAGGAAAGCAUACAUUUAAAAAAUACCCUGAUGGUGUUAUAGAAGGAUUUCGGCUAGCUUCACAACCAUGUGUUUUACAGAAGUACUAUCCACCACCUAAAUUACCUCCUGAUUUUAUACCAAAAUUUUCCAAAUUAUUGUCUCAAUCCAAAAGUCAUUCCAAAGACUCUAUACAACAAUAUUAUCGCACUAGCUCUGUAACAGAGCGGGCAUUUUUGCUUGGAGAAAAUAAAUUUCAAUCCAUUCAAUUAAAAACUCCAGCCCAGCCAGUUAAAGAAAAUAAACUAGAAGUAAGUGUACCACCGAAUGAGUUGAGAAUAACAACUUCCAAAAAUACUUUUAAGCCAUUUGUUAAUGAUGUCAUGAAACAAAAGAGAUAUGAAGAGUUUUUAAAAUUGAAAGAUUCUGGAGAACUUGACAAAUUGGUUUCACCAUCUUCAAUGACUGAAUGGGAGAAACAGCAAGAAAUAGAAGAAUUUCACAGAGCUUCUCUUCUCUUCAGGCCUUUGUCUGGCAUGUUAAGCUCUAAGUUUGAGAGUAGAUCCCACCUCAGUGUGGAACAUGAAGUAAUGGAUGCCAUAGAAAAAGCUAAGCACGAGAAAAGUUUAAAAUCUUCUUCGACUGUAAAGAAGCUAGUUGGUUUGAAGAACCGAGUAGUAUCUGAUUGGUAUCCAUCUUCUCUCCUGUGCAAGAGAUUUAAUGUACCUAACCCAUAUCCUAACUCUACUCCAUCUGGAACUGCAACGCCACAACAGUCAAAGUCAAUAUUUGACCACAUUACCACACCAAACAUCACUGUUGAUACAAAUACAUCUGAAGUUUUGUCGUCAACCCCUCAAAAAGAAAUGUCAGUUGAAGAAAGUUCUGAUAUGUUGCUAGAUCCUGUUAAAAAAUCUGGACAACCUCAACAGAACAUUGAUAGCAUUCAUAAAACUGAUGAGAAAGUAAAUAUUGAGACUAGUCAAGAUGAAAUUGUAAAACCCUCCAUGGAUUUUUUCAAAGCUAUAUUUGAAAAUUCAUCCUCGGAUGAUGAGGAUAUUUCUGAAAUGGAUACGAAACAAACUGAAUCAACGGAAAAAGCGGAAACUGACAAAGUCAUUCCAUCAAACACUUUAACUGAAGAUAUUUCAAAGGCAAAUUCUUUGGAAAAUAAAAACCUUCCCAAAAAAAGUGGGUUUGGUGUGUUUGCUAAUUUAGAUUUAGAUGCACUGAAUCAGAGAAAUUUGCCCAAAAAGGAUGAGCUUAUUGUUGAAGAAAAGCCAACAACUAACAGUACAAACAAUGCUUUGAAUAAUGACAAAGAUGUGUCCAAUGAAACAAAAACUAAAGAAGCACAACAAGAUGACAUUUAUGGUCCUGCAUUACCACCUAAUUAUUCUGAACUCUCUGAAGGAAGCAGUUUGAAGUAUCAAAGUAAGAAGCAUAAAUUGAAACAUAAACAUAAGCAUCAUAAAAACAAAAGUAAAAAGAAGAAGAAAAAGAAAAGUUCUCAUAAAAGCACUGAGGAAUACUCUUCAGACGCUGAAGAUGAUAUUAGCCCAGCAAUUAUUCUUGAAAAGUUCAAAAAACUGCAGAAGAAAAUGUGAUAUGCACGAGAAUUGUAUAUUUAUGUACAUUAUGUAAAUAUUUUUGUUUCUAAAUGAAUAUAUUUAUAUUGAUAAUAA